AUGGGUAAUUAUCAUCACUGAUUUAAAAAACGUAUAGAGACGAUUGUCAAAAAAACCCAAACGAGUUCAUCAAGUCCAUCAGCAAUCUUUCCUCACGUUUUGCCUUAAAUAUUUGUGAGUGCAGUGCACCAGAACCAAGUCUGGUGUUGACUUUAGCCUGGAUCAAUAUAUAUAUACAUGUCUCUCAAAUACAGUACUAUUUGAUAAGCCAAAGAACUGCAUUAUAUUGUAUAUGACAUACUGAAUGGAUUACAAUACAUUAUAUAAUAAUAUUACCACUUACAGAAUAAUACAAUAUUCUGUUUGCCAAGGGCAUACAGGAGACUCUGCAGAGCAGGCCAAGAGUUUGAUUAUAGCGAUGAAGGGGAGGUGAGGCAGGUUCAGGGUAAAAGAAGUACUAUAACUCCCAGGCUGUAAAAACCAUCUUAUGCUGGAAGAAAUGCAACACCAAAAUUGUAGCAGUCUUUCAAUCAAACCAAAGAAAAGCAUCAAGAGAGUUCUUGGAACAAUCAAGGCUAGAAUGAUCUUGUUCAGUCAAACCUGUGAACCUGAGAACAAUCUUCCCUCCCGCCUCCUCCCGAGAAGCGCGUCCUUCGGCUGGGCCUGAGCCCAGGGCCAGACUAGCACCAGACCUUCCUUUCCGCCCGCGGAAGCCUCGAGGCUUUUUCCCGCCAAUGCGCGGGGCUCCGUCUCCCGCGGCCCGGGCGCAGGCGGGACUGCGCAUGUGCGGGCCCGGACCGCCGUGAGCUCCCCUGCAGCUCGGGCGACCGCGAGCCAUGGCGGAGACGGAAGCGAGCCUGUUGCGCCAGUUCCCGCUGUUUUUGCCCCAGAACCGAGCGAAAACCGUGUAUGAAGGAUUCAUUUCGGCUCAGGGCAGAGAUUUCCAACUUAGAAUAUUGUUGCCUGAAGAUUUACAGUUGAAGAAUGCAAGAUUACUGUGUAGUUGGCAGCUGAGAACAGUACUUAAUGGAUACCAUCAAAUAGUACAACAGAGAAUGCAGCACUCUCCUGAUCUAAUGAGCUUUCUGAUGGAGUUGAAGAUGGUUUUGGAAGUUGCUUUAAAGAAUAAACAAGAGCUAUAUGCACUACCUCCUCCUCCCCAGUUCUACUCAAGCCUUAUUGAAGAGAUAGGAACUCUUGGUUGGGAUAAACUUGUAUAUGUGGAUACUAGCUUCAGUACCAUCAAGUUAAAAGCCGAAGAUGCUUCUGGUAGAGAGCAUCUAAUCACUCUCAAGUUGAAGGCGAAGUACCCUGCAGAAUCACCAGAUUGUUUUGUGGAUCUUCCUGUUUCAUUUUCUGUUUCCUGGACACCACAGAGCUCCUUAAUAAGCAUUCAUAGUCAAUUUUUGGCAGCAUUAGAAUCACUGAAGACAUUCUGGGAUGUUAUGGAUGAAAUUGAUGAAAAGACGUGGGUACUUGAGCCAGAAAAACCUACACGGAGUGCAACAGCACGAAGAAUUGUAUUAGGGAAUAAUGCUUCAAUAAAUAUAGAAGUAGACCCUAUGCAUCCGACUAUGCUUCCUGAGUGCUGCUUUCUUGGAGCUGACCAUGUGGUAAAACCCCUGGGAAUUAAGCUGAGCAGAAACAUACAUUUGUGGGAUCCAGAAAAUAGUCUCUUACAAAAUUUGAGAGAUGUUUUAGAAAUUGAUUUUCCAGCUCGUGCUAUCCUGGAAAAAUCUGAUUUUUCUAGGGAUUGUGGAAUUUGUUAUGCCUACCAACUUGAUGGUGCCAUUCCUGAUCAAGUGUGUGAUAAUUCCCAGUGUGGACAGCCUUUCCAUCAGAUAUGCUUAUAUGAGCAUUUCAGUAAUCUGGUAUUGGCUCAGGAACUGUUCCCCUUACUGUUGCAAAAGGAAAUUAAGAAGUGGUUGAGAGGACUGCUGACUAGUAGACAGAGUUUUAAUAUCAUAUUUGGUGAAUGUCCAUAUUGUAGUAAGCCAAUUACCUUGAAAAUGUCUGGGAGGAAACCCUGAAAUAAGAAUGUAACAUUUCUGUGAAGAACUGGAAACUGUAAAAAUUGUCAAAAGGAUUUUAUUUGAUUUCUUCAGAGAAAAUAUAGAGCAAGACAUACUAAUA